AUGUCGAUCAUUGGCAUUGGUGGCAGAAAAUCAACAACUACUCGAGGCAUUGUGUCAUUGACGUUGCAUUCCAACUACAGCAACGCAUCAGUGAGACUCAGAGCUCACGUUCUUCCAACAUUGACGACCAUCUUGCCAUCAACCAACGUGGAUCAUCAAGAAUGGCCUCAUCUCAAAAAUCUCAAGCUCGCUGACCCAGACUUCAUGGUGCCUCGCUCAAUCGACGUGAUCAUCGGUGCAGAUUCCUACGGGCAUGUCAUCAAGCCCAAUCUCAUCAAGGGUUUACCAUCAACGCCUAUCGCUCAACUCUCAAUCUUUGGUUGGUUGGUUAUUGGACCAGUGGGCUCAGCAUCAACUCGAGCGCUCACAUCUCACCAGGUUUCAACUCAAGAAGAAGAAGAAUCGUCUCUCCAACAUCUCUUGACGAAAUUCUGGACACAGGAAGAGGUUCCAAUCACCAACCAAUCUCAACGCACCCCUAAAGAGCAAGAGUGUGAGGAUCACUUCAGAACAACUCAUUUGCGGGAUCCGGAUGGGCGAUACAUCGUGCGCAUCCCUCUCAAACUGCCUUCAACCAUGUUGGGAAACUCGUACAACAUCGCUCAUGCUUGUUUGAAUCGUACUCUACGCAAGCUCAAGAGGAAUGAAGAAGAUCUUCACCUCUAUCAAGAGUUUAUGGAGGAAUACGAGAAUCUGCAGCACAUGAAGAGAGCAUCAUCGCGCUCAUCUCAACACUCAACAACUUUCUAUCUGCCUCAUCAUGGUGUUUUGAAACCAGACAGCACGACUACGAAGCUGAGAGUUGUCUUCAAUGGCUCAAGCUCAACAUCUUCUGGAUAUUCUCUCAACGACAUCAUGCACACUGGUGAAAACCUACUGCUCAACAUCGCUGACGUGCUCCUAUGGAUUCGUCAGCACAGAUACACAUUCUCAACCGAUAUUACCAAAAUGUAUCGGCAAAUCAGAGUGCAUGAAGACGACUGGGAUCUGCAAAGAAUAUUGUGGGUGGAUAAGGACCUGCAAGAGACUCAAUUUCAGCUCACUACGGUCACCUACGGUACCAAGGCAGCACCGUAUCUUGCGGUCAGAACAUUGCUGCAAUUAGCUGAGGAUGAAGGUCAUCAUUAUCCUCUGGCCGUACCAUCGAUCACUCAUGCCAGAUAUGUCGACGACAUCUUUGGAGGAGCAGAUUCACCAGAAGAUCUCAAGAAACUCGCUCAUCAGCUUCAAGGUCUGUGCAACGCGGGCGGUUUCCCACUUGCUAAGUGGCAUUCAAACUGCCCCGCGCUACUCGAAGCCAUCUCACCUGAAGCUCAUGCUCAAGGCUCAUCACUCUCAUUGGACGACUGCAAAACCAAAAUACUCGGAAUGCAAUGGAAUUUUCUCAAGGAUACAUUUACAUUCUCAUCGAAGGAGGACUCAUUCUCACCCCCAACCAAGAUAAGUAAACGCCUCAUACUAUCUCAAGUAGCACAGAUAUUUGAUCCACUUGGUUUCCUCUCACCGGUCAUAAUUCGCUGUAAGAUUUUAUUGCAAGAAUUAUGGCUGCACAAACUCAACUGGGAUGAAUCACUACCAUCCCACAUCACAGAACGAUGGCUCAUCCUCAGAGAAGAUCUCACAAGUCUGGCCAGACUCUCAAUUCCACGCUGGUUCAACACCUGUCAAGACUCAGUGGUGGAAAUACACGGUUUCUCUGAUGCAUCUCAGCUCGCCAUGGCAGCCGUGAUCUACAUCACGGUUUUCUCACCGUCCACAAAUCUCAAGGUGACGUCACAGGUGUGCGCCAAGACGAAGGUCGCACCUCUCAAGAAACUCACUAUCCCGAGACUGGAGCUCACAGCAGCUCUUAUGCUUGCAAGGCUGGCAAGCUAUGUUCAAGCGAAGCUCAAUCUUAACAUUGCUACAACUCACUUGUGGACGGAUUCUCAAGUCACACUCAUAUGGAUCAAAUCUCACGCAUCACGCUGGAAGGAUUAUGUGAGAAACAGAGUAUCGGCGAUACAAGGACUCACACCUGAGGCACAUUGGGGGUAUGUGUCUGGAACAUCGAAUCCAGCUGACUGCGCAUCACGAGGCCUUUCAACUGCUCAGCUUGAUCAUCAUCAGCUAUGGUGGACGGGACCACCAUGGCUUACUCAACCCCAGGACUCAUGGCCAUCACAACCGAAGCUCAAGAACGCCUCAUGUGCACUAGAAGCGCGUCCAAGUAUCCCUACUGCUCUCAUCUCCCAAAAGAUCGAGUAUCAGUGGGAUCUCAUUCACAAAUACUCAACGCUCAAGAAACUUCUCACCAUCACUGCUAUUUGUUUCAGAUUUAUAGCAAAAUUAAAAGGGGUCCACUGCUCACCAGCCUAUACCUCACACUCGCCGAGUGAUCUGGAAGAUGCUCAGAAAUUCUGGAUCAGGGCAACUCAGACCAUCUACUUCGCUCAUGAAAUGAAGAUGCUCACCUCACACUCAUCGCUGCCUUCAUCUCAUGCCUUCAGUCACCUGACUGCCUUCAUUGAUGAUAAGGGAAUCAUCAGAGUCGGCGGACGAUUGGAAAACUCUCAGCUCCGCUACGAGGGUAAACAUCCCGCUAUUUUGCCUCGCCACUCACGUUUGUCUGAAUUGAUUAUAGAUCACGCUCACAAACAAACUCUUCAUGGUGGAACUCAACUCACACUCGCCUACAUUCGACAAACCUACUGGAUCAUCGGAGGAAGAGCUCCAGUCAAGGCUCAUAUUCUGCGGUGUUUGACGUGUGCUCGCCAAAGGGGAAUCCGUGCCCAUCAACUGAUGGGCCAACUACCUCUUUCUCGAGUCACACCGUCAUCGCCAUUCACUCAUACCGGCAUGGACUAUGCCGGUCCACUCACUCUCAAAACUUGGAAAGGACGAGGCGCCAAAACAUCGAAGGGAUGGAUCUGCGUCUUCGUUUGUCUCACCACAUCAGCUGUUCAUCUGGAGCUGGUGUCAGACUACUCAACCGAAGGCUUCAUAGCAACGUACAGGCGAUUCUCAUCUAGGCGAGGAAUCCCACAGAAGGUUUACACUGACUGUGGCACCAAUUUCACCGGAGCAGACUCAUGUCUCAAGGCAAUGUUCACUCAGGGAUCAAAAUCACAUUCUCACCUCACUCAUUUAUUUGUUAACGACAGGACAGAAUGGUGCUUCAAUCCACCUGCAGCACCGCACAUGGGUGGAAAAUGGGAAGCUGUCGUGAAGUCUCUCAAGUUCCAUCUCAGGCGUACCGUGAGUGAUACCCUCCUCACCUUCGAAGAGUACAGCACGCUUCUGACCCAGGUAGAAGCAAUUCUCAACUCACGACCCCUCGAACCACUCAGCGAUGAUCCUGAAGAUCUCUCACCGCUCACGCCUGCUCAUUUUCUCAUCGGCACUGCUCUCUCAACAUUGCCUGAACCUUCGUUGAAGGACGUCUCACUUCCACCAAGGGCAAUGUGGCAGCUCAUUCAACAACGGGUUCAACGGUUCUGGGCUCAAUGGUCAUCUCAUUACUUGCAGCGGCAACAAGCCAUCUCAAAAUGGCAUCACCCAUCCAAUGCCAUCAAGGUUGGAUCACUGGUUCUCAUCACCGACGAGAGGUUUCCACCUUGCAAGUGGCCUCUUGCACGAGUUCUGGAACUACAUCCAGGGAAGGACGGACUCACCAGGGUGGUCACCCUGAAGACCGCGACCACCACACUCACCAGACCGAUUGCGAAGCUGGCCAUCCUACCAACAGCGGAAUCAUCAGCCACAAGUGGCUGA